AGCUCACGAAGUGCAACGUAGAUUGUAGAAACGGAACUUCCGUUUAGUAAAUUUAUGAAUUUGAAACAUUGGGUUAAAGGCAUUGACGAGACGAAUCAGGCAAUUAAGCAUUUAAAAAGCUAAUACUGUGAAAAUAUUAAACUAAAAUUAAUAGUGCGAUUAAGUGUGGUUUUCACUGUAGCUUACUCGUUGGGAAGUUCUACCGAUAUUUUGCUCUUGGCUCGGUAGAAAAAUGACAUGACAUGGGAACGUCAAACGAACUGGCGUCUGAGAAUUUACAAAUUUAGGGCGUGAUGAUGAUUGUAAAAAGAAAAUGGGCGUAUGCAGUUUCUUUCUAGAUAGUUUAUGUCGUCAAGAGUGUACGAAGAAGAUAGGAGUGCAUAUUUUGUAGAGUUGUCAAAGGUGUUUGCGUACCUAGAUCUUUCGGAAUGUGGCAAAUUCAGGCUGUGUUAUGAAUGAGGAGGCUCUGUUGGCACGGGCUUCCGAGGAGCGGGAGCGUAUCUUCCAGAGAUACGAAAGAGGAAGAGAGAAUCUUGCAGGGCAGAUAGAUCCUUGGGAAGACCCUGAAUUUGAAGAGUACCACAAAACAGACAGAUAUGGGUUCAUCCACGAUGAGCGGUUGCCGCAAAAAACGGCGCCGCAAAAGAUCAACAUCGAAGUGGAAAGAGAGAAGAAGUGGGUCAAGAUGCUUGGCACGUGGGAUUCCCCUACUACCAAAGAAAAACUUCAUAGACGUAUUUACAAGGGCAUUCCAAAUUCUUUAAGAAUUAAAAUUUGGUGCAAAUUGCUGGAUGUUAAUAGAAUAAAGUCAGAAUACCCUGGAAAGUAUCAAGAAAUGUUGAAACUAGCUAAACAAUGGUCCACAGAUGUCAGACAAAUAGAUUCCGAUGUUAAUAGGCAGUUUCGAGAACAUCAGUUUUAUAGAGAAAGAUAUUCAGAGAAACAGUGUUCAUUGUUCAAUGUAUUGUGUGCUUAUAGCAUGUACAAUUCGGAAGUUGGAUAUUGUCAAGGAAUGUCUGGAUUGGCUGGUAUCUUACUCAUGUAUAUGGAUGAAGAAGAUGCCUUUUGGGCCCUUGCAGUGCUAUUAUCUGAGAAAAAAUAUCAUAUGCAUGGAUUGUAUAUAGAAGGAUUUCCAAAAUUAACAAGGUUUUUAGAGCACCAUGAUAAGAUACUCACAAAAUUUAUGCCAAAACUGAAAAUCCAUUUUGAUAAAUUUGGCUUGGAUGCUAUAUUAUAUUCUCUCAAGUGGUUCUUUGUAGUUUUCGUGGAGCGAGUACCCUUUAGUUUGUGUUUGAGAGUGUGGGACAUUUACCUGCUUGAUGGAGAAAGAGUAGUAACUGCAAUGGCUUAUACGAUCCUCAAACUUCAUAAAAAGGCAAUUAUGAAGUUAAAUGAUAUGGAUCUUAUUGUUAAUUAUAUUCAGGUAAAACUACACAAAGAUUUUGGUUUUGAGGAUGAUAUUGUUAUCUACCAUUUAGAACGAUCAAUGGACGAGUUAAGACGGGCUAAGCUUGACUAUCCUGGCCCACCGCCGCCAAAUGAACUGCCAAAGCGACAACUUGGAAUGUUUAUAGAGCCUGACAAAAAAUCAAAAAUUGGUCAACGGGCUGAGAAUUUCUCUGAAACUGAGAAACAAGCUAGAGCCACUGUGAUAUUAAGACGUGAAAAGGCUGCACUGGAACUUCAUGAGCUGCGGGUGUCACAAAGCGACACUGUCUCAGGUGAGAACAUGUCAAAUGGCGUUCCCCUCCGUAUCUCCCAAGCCUCAGUGGAUAUCCACGUAGAUUCUCCCGGUCACCUUCGAGUCCCAAGUCAUCUACCCGAGCACCACCGUGGUUACCUCAUAAAACUCCACAAGCAUAAGAAAUCAACGAAUAGAAAAAAAUGAAGAUUCAAAUUGUCCGUCUUGUAAAUAUGCAUUCAAUAAAUACGAAUAGAAAGAUGUAUGAUUUUUUUUCUAUAGUGAUAUGAGCAGAGAUUUUUUUUCUGUUAAACUACAAAAUUCACUAUAAUGCAUGUGACUUCAUUGGGAUAUAUGUUUAAUCAUUAGACCAAAAAAAGAAAAAAAAAACAUUCAAAACCGACGGUGAGUAUGCUGCGUUCGUUGAUUUAUUUUGCAUGUUAUUUUUGUUUUUCAUUUGCUUCGAUUUAAUGUUUAUUUAAUUACGUGUACCAAAGGUUUGCUCAUUCCAAACUGAAAAACCUAACUUAUGUGUUCACUCUAACGGUUAACUAAAAUCUUUCUAUAUACCAGUAUAAGUACCUUAUGUAUUUUAACACUUGCCAAUCUCCAUUGCCAUGUUAGCGACCUUUGAUACCGCGGUGUUGUGAUACCAGUAUGUUUUGCAGAUCACAGCGGUGUCGCCGCGAACGUUCGCUGCGACGACUCGGUGUCGGCGCUCGGCUCGCGACGCUCGCUUGCCGACACGAGCGUCACCAGCACCGCGGAUCUGAGCGUGUUUUCGAGCGGGCGAUCGCACGCACCGGACAACUCGCUCGACACGCACAGCAACGUCAGCGACGACGGCACUGGGUCAGAUGGGUCCGGUAUUGGCGGGCUCAGUAUUCAACGAGCUCCGUCGACCGCGCAUUCUACACCGCGAGCGACGCCGCACCCGCCCUCAGUGUCUCCGCUAUCCGACGACAUAGUACGCAUACACGUAACGUACAAUCCUCUUGCAGCAAGCCCUUCCCACCUCCACCCAAGCCCGGCGAAAUAUAAAACUUAUACUGACGAACACCACAAACCUCUCUCUCUUGGCUUCUACACCAGUAACGGAGCCAGCAAUCUUCCAUCAGACAACAGAAUCCGAAUCCAAGUGCCCUCAGAGGAACUCUUAACACCCGUUGUCGACUCAGGCAGGAUCAUUACUCAAAGGUACAUUGAAUCUCAAGACAUGUACGAUCUGAAAUAGCCUUCGAUUUAACAUUAGGCUAAGGUUUAACGAUUUGUAUAUUAUUACUGAUUAUUACUCUCUUACUUUUGUUUUUUGGUCUCACCUAAUGCUAGUUGCAUUAGGAAUAUGAAUUUCAUCAUAGUAUAGGUGAACUGACUUUGUAAUUACUUGAAUUGAAUUUAUGCUCGUGCGACUUGUCAAUGUGUUAUCAACUACUCGAAUAUGAUUGAUCUUGUAAAGAUUGCGCUGUGUCCCUAUAUAAUGGUAGGUACACUGUUUUUUAUUAAGGAAUAUUUAAUUGGCUUCAGUUUGCGAAAAAAGAAUUCUUUCUUUGUUUUUUUUUUCUGGAAUGAAAAUAAUGUUCGGAAAUUGUUUUAUGUUUCAAAUUAUGUAGCGAUUAAUUUCUUGAGCAAAACCACAGAGACAAAUAAACUUGCGCAGUAGACGUAUUUGUAUGGAAAAUUGCUACUGCGCAGGCUUCCUUGUCUAUAGUCCUUGCUCAACGAGUUUUCCGGGGUGUAUACAAAUAAUAUUUUUCAUUAUACUAUAAUGAUUUCACAUCAAUCACUUCAGUUAAUAACCUUUGUGAAUUUAUGCAUGGUUUUCUUUAUUUAUUAGUAUUUAUGGUACGCAUUUUAGUGACAUAGAUAUUAAAUUGAUAAUUAUGUUUCUGUUGUGCAUUGUAGUAAACUCAAUACACUUAUAAACCGACUAUGAAAUAAUUGUUUUACAUUGCCUUACAUUUAACGAUAUUAUUGAAGGGCUUUCAAAAUAUAUUUUAGAAUAUAAGUUCUCUAACAAAUUUAUUGACAAGUUUAAUUAGAUUAUCGGUAUGCGAGCGUUAUACUAGAAUUGCCAUUUAAAAUACACGAAAUCUACAGUUAGGUCCACUUGCAGCAAAUUUGCGAAAUCUCGAUUUAACUAAAACUAAACACUUUUAUAAAAGUGGACGUUAUUUUGAAGUAGCAAUGACGAUCGGUUUAAAGUCAGCAUAUAAAAUUUUUUCAUUGUGCUCUGAUAUGUGUAGAAUUAGGCCAUUUUUACAUUUUCACUAAAUCUCGCUCUAUAUUUAUGAAUUUAACAAGUUACGAAAAUUAAAACAAAAUAAAAUAUUUAAGAAACAGUAAAUUAUGUUUCAGCUAGAUUUGAAUUAAUAAAGUUUGCUCCGAAUAGUAUAUAUAUAAUAGUAUAUAUGGCAGCAUUUUGUCAAAAAAAAAAAAGUUUAUUUAAUAUAUUCUCAAAGCGACGUUAGAAUUAAUUAGUGUAAACUGAUUUUGAAUUUAUUAAUACCAAUUAAUUGCUAUGACUGAACGUGUUAUUACUGUUGAUAUUGCUAUGAAAAUAGGUUAUUGUUUGGAAAAUAAAAGGUAGAUGUGAUCACGAUUUUUAUCAUUAUAUAAUCAUUAUAGGCCAGGGCUUAUGCCUCUGAAAAAGGGUUAAAGUUUAAAAAAAUAGUACAAUAUGGAACCCGUUUCAAAAGGAAGAGAGCGUAUUAAAAAUAGAGGGGAAUGCAAAUCGUAAAUGGCCCGGGGCGCCAGAUUUUAAAAUACUCCCCUGUCUAGAGUAGGACAUGUACAUGAUGGAAUAGUCUAUAUUUAUGUCCUAACAAUUUGAUCAUCAGAGUUAGUCUAAGACUUUGGAAAAAUAUUGGACAAACAGUUCGAUCACGAUUUACUUUUCGAUUCGAUCAGUUACUAGUAGGAAAGGAUGGAAUAAACAAAAAAUUGACAGCCCUGGCCUUAUUAGAAGUAGGUUGUACAAAUUUGUUUCGAACAUUUGUCAUAGACAAAUUUGUUAACGUCUUGUUGUACCAUAUCGCUUGCAGCUAUCGGAUUAGAAACUUUUAAGUAUUCCAAAACACAUAAAGUAUGAUUUAUCUAUCUAUGUAAUUAAUGGGGGCUAGACAACAAACAUAUUUAUUUAUAUAUUUUUAAGUUUUCGUUCUUUAAUUGCAGAGAUCGUGAAAAUAAUCCGUGUAAACUUUCAUUUAAACUGGUGAUUGCUGAAUCUCAUUUAUAAUCUAGGUUGAAAAUAUUGAUUGCCUGAAAGAAAUCUAUAUUAAAUCCAUAAUUUUAUUGUAAAAGUUUUGCUACUAACAUAAUUAGUAAGUAUUUAUUGUUGUAGAUCUGUAAAAUGUAUUUACGUGGCGAACAUAUUCGCUGCUUGAUUCUCGUUUUUUGGGAUUUCACUGAUGUUGUAUAUUUGUAUAAUCUAAGUAUAAAAAUUUUAUGUAAGAAAUAUUUGACUUGAUGUAUAUUUAGCGAUAUUAGUAUGCAUUUGAUUAUUUUGAAAAUUUCUUGCAAACUAACUAAACUUACAGUGAGAAUCGCAAUAAUGUCAGUUAAACUGUUAAUAAUGUUUUAAAGUAAGUAGUUAUAAGACGUGCGAGUCAAUGUUAGCAUUAGUGAAUUUGCCGUCAGGACGAAUAAUGUAUGUAAGGACCGGUCAAUUAUAUGUGAGGCACUCGGCAGAUAGUUACGCUUGCGAAUUUCAACCUUAUAACUUAAUGUAUUACGACAUAUUUGUUGGUGAUACAAAAUUAAUGCUGUGAGCGAAAUAUUAGUCAAUUGUGGUCUCGUGAUUUUUUUAAAAGAAACGUUAACGAAACUGUAUACAUGUAAACAAAGGAAUGCAAUUCUGUUGGAGUGAUACGUGAAAUGAUAGCUUCAUCAAACAUUAAAAUAAAGUUCCAAAAAAAUUUUUUAUGAAGCAAAGCCUAAGCUCCUAGUGAUUACAUUGACAUUUCAUUGGUAGAAGCACCGCCAAUUCUGGCUUUAAAAAGCACAUCCUUAUUAAUAAUAAACAGCAAUAUUUCUCAAUGUAUAAAAUAUUAUUUUACCUGGCUAAUGACAUUACUUUAAAAUUUAUAAAUAACACGUAUUGGUGAAAAUUAUCAAUCUCAUGGUCUUUAAAAUGAUUCUUUGAAAUACUAUAACACACUUUCAUUGAAUAAGCUGACUUAUUACUUUUUAAUCGAUAUAAAUCUAUAGAUAAUUAGCAAUAGAUGCCGGAAUAAUAGUCAUGCGCUAAGAACUGAUAUAAUUAUUAGUUAACUUUGGUAUUCGAUAUUAUUUAACUUUUGAUAACGAUAGUCUUGUAUGUGUUUCAUAUUUUGAAAAUAAUAUUGAAACAUUCUCUAUACAUUAUAGAGAACAUAGAGAAAUAAGAUAAUAGUUAUUGAAAUAAAAUGUGCACGAAUAUAAUAUGCACUAAAAAAGUAAUAUUAAAAGUUGGUAUGUUUUUAAAUAUAAUUUACAUCUUAAAUUGGAAACUGUUAUCAAAAGGUAAUUUAAAAGUAGCGGAAGUCCAAAUGUUACGUUCAAAAAAGUCGUGCCAUUUCUAUGUUAUUUGUUAAGGAUGUUUAGAGUAAUUUGACGUACAAUCCGCAAGGAUAUCGCAGAGAAUUUUAAUAAAUUAGGCUCCUGCUGUUUAUUAGUGAUUAAAUAAUGUUCGAAUCCUCAUAUGUGAGUAAACUGUAUUUUUUUCCGAAUCAUCAAUACGGAACUAGAAAUUUAUUCAAGUCACUAUCCUCAUUUUCACAAUCUUAUGGUUCCCUUUUUCAAAGCACAGGUCUAACUACUACAUAUUGCUAAAUACAAAGUACAUAGUUACUUUCAAAGCCUCUCAUGGUUACCACAAAUGAGAGACGUUUAUUUUGUAAUCUUCUUUUAUCCCUUGCUACAAAUUAUAUUAUUGAAAGAACAUUAAUCUUUAAUUUUAAAGGUUAAAAAUAUGUCGAUGAUUAUUUAUAUCUGUAAUUUAUGCAUUUUAUAGUAGUCUAACAUUUAGUAACAACUGCACGUCGAUUUUUCGACAACGUAUUUGGGAUACACCUCCGGGCACAUCUAUCGGUCCACCUAGCAUUUUUAGUUUUGAUGGUCCCUAGCUAAAAAUAAAUGUUACAUUGAGCAAAAAGUUAUUACCUACGCACUUUUACAGCUGAUAUAUUAACCAUCUUCUCGUGUUUUUUAAAUUAUUGCUCAACCAUAAACAUAUAUUUUUGCUACAGACCGUUUAAACUUAUAAUAACGCUAAGUGGGCCGAUAGAUGUGUCCGGAAGUCAACGAUAUUAAAUACGCUAUAUACACCACGUCCGCUCAAAAUGUGUCCCAAUCAAGAAGUGCUUGAACUCUACUCAAGCACUUCUUGGUUCACAGUCACGCGCGGAUCGUUGAAAAAUCAACAUGCCGCAGAGCUCCGUGAAACAAUGUAUCCAAUCAAUGUUUGUGAACUUAUUAUAUUAUUUAUUUAUAUUACUAUAAACUGAUUUAAUAGAAAAUAUUUGUGAUGUUCAAAUACAAUGACGGUUAUAUAGCCGUCUCUUUUCCUCGCGGUUCCUGCUAUAUUGCUAACAGCGGCUUCAGAAUUGCGCGUAGAGUCAAAGAAAUAAGGUCCAUAUUCUUCCGCAUAUAGCAAUAAGUCGUAAAAUUUUACAAGCUUGCAUUUCGAACUGUCAUAACUCUUUGAUGCAUGCGUUUUAAUUAAGACCUUAUACAGUAUGCGUUAAAAGUGACUUUCGUUGUUUAAAUAAUGUCUUUUUUUUGACAACGCGAUCAUCUCGCGGAGCUCCGUGGAUCGUCCAAUGUACCUUUUGGACAGGUUUCAACUACGAUUUUGUUCGUGUUGGUGUAUCUAGGGUAUUUAAUAUCAUUGCCUGAAGUGAGUAUAUUAUAAAGCGUCAUUGCGACACUAUGCUGUGUUAUGAUGUAAUGUCUAAAUAUUUACUAAUUACUGAUAUUGUCUAUAGUAAAAUUUUUGUUACAGAAUCGACCUACAGUUUUUUAUAUAAUCGUCGUAUUUGCGUUUUCAUACACCUCUUCGGUUUGCGUACAUAUGAGGGAUCUUCUUUUUAAUUUCUUAACAUUUUCUAGAUUUAGUACCUAAUUAUAGAGUAUUAUACAAUUUCAUAUGAUUAAUUUAAGGAACUGGAAUUACAUGGACAUCGCCGCUAGGGUUUUGUUGAACAUCAGUGUGGUGUGGAUAUAGUAUAAUAUUUUGGAUCUGACGUAAAAGUGGGACUCGCGUGUCGCAUUAUAUAUUUUGACAACUUCGAUAAAGAUGUAUUCUUCUCUAUCGAAGUUAUCAAAUGUUGCUAUCGGUAAACUGAUUUAUAAUUAACAAACAUGCAUAGAAAUAUCCACAAAAUAAAAACUAUGAUUAUACAUUUUCUAUGAACUGUUUAGCGGGAAUGUGUCGUGAUUGGCCCAAACAACUAAACAUUCAUGUGAUCAUACAAAUAUUUGAUUUCAAGCACCGUACUCCAUUUUAGUCUUGUAAAAUCACACGCUGUGUUGCAUUUAUGAUUUAAAAUUGACUGUGUAAUAAAGGCAUAAUAUAGUUGUCACAUAUCACAAUAUGUGUCA